AUCAGCCUGGAAACUCCCCCGACCCUCGAGCGGUGGGACUUGCUCUUCGCGCCACGGGCCGCGGUUCCACGGCAACGCUGCGGUGGCGGUCGACUGUACCUAAACGGUAACAAUUUGCCGCCACCCCGCUCACAACUUUCCAAAAUGAUCGAUACAGAUUCGUUCGUUUGGCGUGGAAAAUCUUUUAUGGCGGGCGUCCGGUCGGCUUGUUUGCUUGCUUGCUUGGCUGUCUCUAUGUGCAAGCAGGCGCGGUUGGCGUCUCUCUCUCUCUCUCUCUCUCUCUCUCUCUCUCUCUCUCGGUUCAUUUGACCCCCGCCUUUCUUCUUUUGUAGGUAUGUAUGGCGUUUAUCUGGAGAUUCAUGUUGGCGGUGACAAAGGAGUGCAUGAAGGCGGGAAGAAUCGUGGCGAUCUUUUCGCUGCCCAACAAUCCCUGUUGCAGGGGAAGACCAAAAUAGGAACGAAGUACACAGAAGAUUAAUAUGGCUGGCCCGCUCGCAAGGAUGGCCGUACAAAGCGCUAUUUAAGCGCGGAAGAGAGAAGCAAGGAAGUGAAGAAAGUACACGAGAGGGUAGGGGAGCUCAGACGAUGUUAUUUGGCCACACAUAGAGUAUAUGUGCACGUGUAGUGUCUGAACUUCGGCCCGAGUGGCGUGCCUGUUGCCCGCAAAAAUCUCGGGACGUGACGUUAUUUUCUCUCCUAACGUAACCUUUAUCUGCUCUUCUUCUUUCCACUUCUUUUGGCAUGCAUGCUCGUGUUUACCAGCUCGGCCUGUUAAGUCAGGUAGGGGGGAGAGCAUUCCCGCAGUCUCUGGGGAUUCGCCAGUAGCCGUCUCGGAUGGGCAGGUGGUUGACGAAAAUGGUGAGGUUGAUGACCGCGCUUAGUUCUCGGUAACAAUAUCUGCGCGGAACAUAGGCACCUGCGCAGUGCUCUGGCCGUUUUACAGUAGUGACAUUUACGCGGGAGGUGAUAGGAACGUUGCCGAAUGUCCGAUUUCUCGUCACGAUUUUUUGACCUGCGGCUGCGUGAUCCAGCUUGCUGUUUCGUUUCUCUCUCUCUCUCUCUCUCUCUCUCUCUCUCUCUCUCUCUCUCUCUCUCUCUCUCUCUCUCUCUCUCACGUUCGCUCGCUCGCCUCCUCCUUCCCCCCGUUUCUCCGGGGGAAGGGGGGCUGCAACUUAAUGCGUUCGACUGGAAUUCGUCGACGGCAACUUUGCGCGAUCCACCAGGGCGAUGCGGCACUGGGUUUGAUGAUUGAUCAUCAGAUUCGGCUUGAUGAUCAUCGGAUCAUCCUGACUGACCAGCCAUACUGACUGCUGAUUGAUUGAUUGAUCGCUUGGGCUAGGUGGUGUUUCGAGUAAUUCGUAGGGAGCUUGGGCGAGCAAGGCGGGAAAGUGGUUUUUUCUACUUGGACGUCACGCGGCAGUCUGCAGUUCGUGCAGGAUGCUGGCCCAGGCGGUUUUGCGUACUACUCAGAGUGUGACUGUUCCUAAUGUCUUGUCGGCAGAGGUUGGCGCAAGGGGGACGUUGUUGGAGGUCGCUGGAAAGACGGCGGGAGGUAGUGGAUCUGCAUCUACGACAUCGGUGGGGGCGACAGCGGGUUUGUUUUCGUGGGAGAGCAAUCGCAGCGGAUGCUGGCGGGUAGCUGUAGCUCAUCAGUCCUUGUGCGGGUGCGGCGGCGCUGCGUUGCGCGGAAGAAGCGCGACACCAGCGCAGCAGCCGCAGGGGAUAUGCGCCUAUUCCCGUGCCAGGCAUGCGGGAACUUCUGACCCUGCGCGCGCAGGUUGGGCGGAGAGUGUCGUGUGUGGUUACCACCAUCAUCAUCACGGUCAUCCUCGCCCACUUGAGAAAAAUCGAGCUCCGCGUGGUUGCGGGUCCGGAUUGAGCGCUCCAGCGUAUGACGGCCUGCGGCGGGCGGAAGUGAGCGCUGGAGCUGCUUCUGCACCGAGCCUGUUGGCCAGGGGCGAAAGGAGAAGGAGAGGGUGUGGGGGGGGGCAUUGCGAAGAAGUGGACGCGACGGUGAUGAUAGGGGAGGAGUCACGCAGGGAUGUGCGAGGGGAGAGAGCGUGGCGACGUGCAAUUAACAAAAGGGGAGGAGGGUGUAGAGCGCACAGUGAAGGGGGAAAUGGAGGUGGUGGGCAUGAAGAGGGGGGGGAGGUGGUCGUGAAGUUGCGCCUGGAUCACCAAGUGCAGUAUGGGGAGAAGCACGCGGUGUUGGGCUCGACGGAAUGGCUGGGGAAGUGGAAAAAACCGGUGGAAAUGGUGUGGAGUGAGAGUGGAUGGGUGGCCCAGUUUCGCUUGCCUAGGCAUGAGCAUGCAGACAAAGUGGAGUUUAAAUUCGUCAUCCUGAAAGGGGACGGGACCGUGGAGUGGGAAGCGGGAGAAAACCGUAGUUUGAAGAUACCGCGCGGUCAAAUGGGAGGAGGGAGAGUUGUGUGCGAGUACGUCACACAAUGGGCCAAGCCCGGACGGAUCGUGAGUUCGUCCGCGGAAGGGUCGGAUAGAAAGUGGGACCACCAUCAUGGGCAGUCGGGGCAGAUAGCUGAGCAGCAGCAGAAGCAGGAUGCUAGAGUGGAAAGAGAGGAAGGUAGGGAAGGGGCUGUGGAAUGGAACAGCAACUUCGUUCAAGAGUGGCAGGGUAAGGACCCUGCGUUCAUGAGGAGUAACGCGCAUGCAAGGGAGAGGAAGGGGAUGUGGAAUACCGAAGGACUCGAUGGCGCUGCGCGUGAGAUCGUGGAGGCGGACAGGAGCGCCGGAAACUGGUGGCGGAAGCUAGAAGUUGUGCUUAAUGUGCUGUCUGGUGAGGAUACAGAGAAGGAUCGCAUGGAUGCGCUUGUGAACAUUGCCAUGUACUUGCAGUGGAUAAAUACGGGUGCAAUUGCAUGUGUGGAAGACGGAGGUCACCGCAGACCCAAUCGGCAUGCUGAGCUGUCUCGUCAAAUCUUCAGAAAAUUGGAGUCAUAUAUUGGCCAAAAAGGGGUGACGCCUCAGGAAUUGACGGUCAUUCGGAGAGUACAGCCACGCCUUCCAGCAUUCACUGCAGAUUUCACUGCUUCAGUACCGCUGACGCGAAUCCGAGACAUUGCCCACAGGAAUGACAUUCCCCACGACCUCAAGCAAGAGAUCAAACACACUAUCCAGAAUAAGCUUCACCGGAAUGCAGGGCCCGAGGAUUUGGUAGCAACGGAGGCGCUUCUUAAUCGGGUGCUAGCGAAGAAGAAUGAGUACAGUUCGGCAUUUGUUGAGCAGCUCCAGAUAUUUUAUGGAGAACUGAAGGAGUUCUUCAAUGCGAACAGCCUUGCAGAGCGGCUGGAGAGCAUUCGACCUUCUAUGGACCCUGAGGACCUGGCUGUAUUGGACCUCUUCCUUUCUCGGAAAAAGCGUUUGGAUGAUGCAGAAUCUCUUCCCGCUUCACGUGAUGCGAACCAGAGGGGUGGCAUUUUAGAGAUUUUAAUGUCGACAAUGCAUGUGCUUACGGGACUGCGAGCAGUACUUCUCAAGGGACUGGAGAGCGGGUUACGAAAUGAUGCCCCUGAUGAAGCCGUUGCAAUGCGGCAAAAGUGGAGGCUUUCAGAGAUUGGGCUCGAGGACUAUGCGUUUGUUCUCCUUAGCAGGUUCUUGAAUGCUUUGAACGACGCUGGCGGUGCAGCGCUAUUGGCUGAAGGUGUACGGCAAGGCAGCGUGGGCAACUAUAACCAUCCGCUUGGCGCAACCAUUCUUGGUAUACGCCAGCUGGGGCUCUCUGGGUGGCGCCAAGCAGAAUGCAUUGCUAUCGAAAAUGAACUAUCUGCAUGGCAAGCAGCGGGAAUCAUUGAAAAGGAUGGCAAAGAGGAGGACACAAGGAUGUGGGCGCUGAGGUUGAAGGCGACUUUGGAAAGAGCCAAACGCCUGGCGGAGUCGUACUCGGAUAGUAUUCUAGAGAUCUAUCCGAAGCGUUGCGAGGCUCUUGGAAAGGCACUUGGGAUACCAGAGAAUUCUAUCCGUACGUUUGCUGAAGCUGAGAUUCGAUCCAGUGUGGUCUUCCAGCUGUCAAAACUGUGCUCCCUCUCAUUGAAGUCAGUGCGUCUCGCGACAAAUGGUGAUGGGUGGGAUGUAUUGAUGCCAGGGAGUGCUGUUGGCACGCUUGUGGAGGUUGAUCAAAUGACCCCAGAGUCUAUGCCGUCUCCAAGUAUGGGUCCUGUUAUUCUGCUGUCGAGGUUCGCCAAUGGUGAUGAAGAGGUCAAGGCUGCAGGUGCUCACGUGGUGGGGGUUGUGCUUUGCCAUGAACUGCCUCAUCUUUCCCAUCUCGGAGUUCGUGCUCGGCAGGAGCGGGUUACCUUUGUCACAUGCGAGGAUGAGGAAAGAGUGGCAGACAUAAGGGCCUUGUGCGGAAGGCCUGUCAGGCUGGAAGCAAGUGCGAAUGGCGUCAGGAUCACAGCACACAGUGGUUCUAUACCUGAGGCCAGCAGCAAUGAUGAAGCUGUUGCUGCAGUGAGCACCGCAGGUGUGCCUUCUAAAACAUCUUCUGGGAACGGUCACAUGGACCACGGAGCUGAACAUGAAUCAGCAGUUCAGCAGAUCUUCUACCCGAACGGACACUUACUUCUGGACGUUAAAGACGCCAGUCCAGAAACAGCCGGUGCGAAGGCAGCUGCCUGCGGGAGACUAGCGCAGUUGGCCGCUUCAUCUGCAAAAGUAUUGAAUGAAAGGGGUGUGCCUGCAAUGUUUAGGGUGCCGAAAAGUGUAGCCAUCCCUUUUGGCGUGAUGGAGGCGGCCGUCAAGGAUGCUGGUGAAUCUGAGAGAUUCGCAUCGCUCUUGGAGGCAAUCGAAGUUGCUCCUUUGGCCGGCGGAGUGUUAGAUGGGGCAUGUGCAGAGUUGCGGGAGCUUGUCGGUGCUCUUCGACCACCAGCCAGUCUUGUUAAGUUGGUUGAGGACGCGUUCCAGCCUGAUGCGCGACUUAUUGCGCGAUCGAGUGCAAACGUAGAGGAUCUGAAGGGUAUGUCUGGAGCAGGCCUGUACGACUCUGUGCCCAAUGUGAAGCUACAUAAGGCGCCGAACGCUGCGGGGGUCGACUUUGGCGAAGCCGUGGCGCAGGUAUGGUCGUCGUUAUACACAAGGCGUGCAGUCUUAAGCCGCAGGAUGGCCGGCGUGCCGCAGAGGGAAGCUGUGAUGGGUGUCCUUGUGCAGGAGCUUCUGACCCCCUCGCUGAGCUUUGUGCUGCAUACGCGCAGUCCUAUCGACGGCAACGAAGACAUGGUGCACGCUGAACUGGCACUUGGACUGGGCGAAACGCUCGCUUCGGGAACGAGAGGCACGCCCUGGCGCUUGGCCGUCAACAAACUCACAGGCCAGGUAAGGACGCUGGCCUUUGCGAACUUUAGUGAGAGCUUAGUGGUGCGAGGGAACGGGAAGUCGGAGGGGAGAAUGGUCAGGGAAGUUGCAGACUACAGUGGCGCUCUCUUGUCGAAGGACUCGGAGGCACGGACGUCGCUUGGACAACGACUUGCGACCGUAGGAUCGUUCUUGGAGCAGAUGUUGGGUGGUGCACAGGACAUUGAGGGCGCUGUCGUUGAGCGUGAUAUUUUCAUUGUGCAGUCCAGGCCGCAGCCAUGAGUAGCCUAUAUUUGUCUUUGCAACUGGAGGCAAGAGGGUGGUGUCAAGGCCAGAGGUUAGUGACCACACAACAUUGAGGUACCCAUUAAUUAGAUCGGCACUCAUCAAUCUUCCAUAGUUGGGUUCGGAGUGCAGGCGCAGUAAUGGUCUGCACCUGCCAGGGCUCAGAAUUUGUCAGAAAUGAAAAUUGAGCCAUAGGGCCCGUAGAGCCAAAGAAGUCAGGGGGGCUCAGGAUUUGUCGCAAGUGUAAGCAGGUGUGUUCGUAGAACGGGGUGUGUGGAGAGGUGUGUGGGACGAGACGCAAGAGAGGGGAGGAGUUGGCAAAGUUUUUGAGAAUAUAAUGUGUAUGGGCACUUAGAUAUACAUUCAUGGGCAUUGAUGACGUAUCUUCAGAAAGGUUCAUCUGUCGCUGUGAAGGCCAGAUCAAUACCUCACCUCCUUGGUAGGUUUCUAUUGGUUGUACUUGUUCACAGCAUGUGUUUCAAUGUGAGCAGUGGUGGUGCUGCGCUGUGUUCGUCUCUGGAGCUAGGGAGCGAUGGGAAAAGAGGAGUACACAAUGCUGACAAGCAAUGGGAGAGGUAGGCAUCAAAGGUGAAUGGUCCUAGAGGGAAUUUGGCAAUUUGCACAAUGCAGGAGUUGCACACACCCUUGCUCGUAAGGUCGCUGUCGUUUCCGAUGAGAUGGUGUACCUUUCGCGACGCUGUUGAGAGUCUCUGUGAGAUCGUCAAUGAUUGGCUGGUAGGUUUGGGAGAGGUGUGAGGCUGUGCUGUGGUGAUGUAACUGAUGGAUGCGAGAUGCUCUCUGGGAGGUAGCCGAACCGGUAGCAUGACAGCUCGUCAUGUUGUUAGGGGUACUACUCACGGCGUCUCACUUGCAGAUAUGUUGCACUCCUGUAUUGAUGAUCUACAUAAUUAGAUCUUAUAAGUGGAGUCUG